AUGGGCCUCGAAGCCGCGGCGACGCUCAAGCAUGAGGAGGAACGGCGCCCCACGCGUCAACCAUGGGCGUCCUGGAGGCUGUCGCUGAUCGCCACGGUCGGCGCCGUGCUGAUGGUGACCCAGUUCACGCACUACACGCACCACUUCCACGCGCACAUGGCCAAGCACCGCAUUCUGCGCAGUCUACAGGAGCAGCCUGCGCUGCGCAUGACGUUCGAGCUCAAGCGUAAGCCCAUGUACGUCCACGGGGCCUCAACUUUCGACGUUGUGGCGACUCCGGCCCCUUCAAGCGGCAAGAGCAUGGUGUACGAUGGCAUGGCCUCGUUUGAGCAGGGCGGACACACGCACGAGUACUCGAUCGUGGACGGCACGGCGUACUACACGAGGCGUCCGACCGGUCAAUCAGAUGCCGAGGUUGAGUCGGGAUGUCUGCCGGCAAACUCCAUUCCCCCUAUCGGCAGUGUGUUGAGCGCCAUUCAGGGUGCCGCCACCGCCACCCACAUGCUGGAGCCUGAGGUCGUCAAGGAGAAGUGUCCGGGUGGGUCUAUGAUAGUCUUCCCUUUCGCCGGCGAGGAUUUCGUGCUGUGUUCUCGCCCCUCGAGCUCGUCGUGGUUCAAGGACGACGGCUUUCAGAUCUACGGCUCGGACCUCAACAUCAACGUCAAGUACGAGGCCACGGCGCCGAAGAUCGUCGCGCCCCGAGUGGCGUCGAGUGUGCUGGCGUCCUGCAACAAGGUCCCGUUCGGAGAGCGUAUCGCUCCGUCACUGCCGUCGCUGAUGACGCGCUCCGUCUCCGAAUGGGGCCACCGCGCUCUGCGUGCCGAGAAGGCCGAGUGGGACAUCUUCAAGAAGGCCUGGAACCUCAUCACCGACAACGUGUGCGGCUGCAAGGGCGCCCAGCGUCCGUGCGUCUUCGUCGCGGGUCUCAGCUCGUACGAUGACCUUGGUUUGACGAACGACGACCCCAAGGGCUACUUCGGAGACGAGAUCAAGGACCACUCGCCGUGCUGCUCGAGCCGACAGUUCAUCACGCUGGCGACCAAGGACAACUCAUGGUACGACCCCGUGUUCCAGCAGCGCCUGGUGGACUUGAUCAUGCAAGUGAGCAGCUCCAGCGACCCGGCGACUGGAACGAUCAAGGACACGAUCAUCGUCGGCCACUCUAUGGCCAACUUGAUCCUGUCCGGAGCAAUCGCAGGCGGCAAGGCCAAGAUCGAUCCGUCGACGUCGUGGGUGGCCGCCAGCACCCCAAUGGAAGGGAGUAUGGGCUCCAACUACAUCCAGGAAUCGUGCAACGGCGAGCAAAGCGGCUUCGUCGCGAGCAUCGUCGAGUUGCUCGGCAACUGCCCCGUCAACACUGGCCAGAUAUCGCUCGCCUACGAAGGCACCAACUUGUCGUCUGCCCCUAUGAACUCUGCGUACGCGGCGGCCCAGGCGGCCUACGCGUCAAACGUGACGGCUGUUAUGUGCAGUGACAACUUCUCGGGCUUGGUCACGGUCAAGGCGGCGCUGUACACGCUCGCGGGCGAGCUGUUGCCGCACCACUCGUCUAAGAACGAUGGCAUUGUCGAGUACUCGAGCUGCGCGAUGGGGCUCCCAAUGGAGAGCUUUGACAACACGUACGAGAGCGCGCGCUACGUGACGGAGCUCAACCACGUGGACACGUCCUUCCGUAAUGGUGAUGGUGUCUUUGGCGACUCGAAGAAACCGGUGAAGUGGUUCGAAUGCCUCCUGUAG